CCAAAAAGGAACAUCGGCUCAACCACAUUCAUUCACGACACAACGAGCUACAUUUUAUUGUGGCAACCAGUUUAACACCGUCAGAGGGAGUGGGGAAUUGAGAUAUACAGUGUACGCGAUCAACACAACGCGCAGCUGCGCAUUCAACGAUUCAUGAUGACGUCCCUCGAUGUGCGCGACAUGCUGGACCUGCCCAAUAGUGCAGGCCCGCGCCCAGCAAAGAAACAAAAACUGACAAACGCGAGACCCAAUCUGAAGGGCCUCCAGCGCGAGGUUCAGAGCCUGGGGGGGGACAACCCGAUCUCGAUUGUGCCAGCGGUUCCACAGUUCAAGAAGAGGAGGCUGGUGAGCAGGAAGCCGGCUGCGAAGUGGGAGUUGAAGCCGUUUAAGAAUAGUGCGAGGGAGGAUGAUAUGACCUUGAAGCACUGGAGGAGGAAGAUUGAGGUGCCGCCGAAACAGGAGGCGCAGGAGGGAGAGGGUGGAGAGGGUGGAGAGGCAGUGGAGGGUGGGGUGAAGGAGGAGGUCGACGACUCGGCAUUCGCAAAGUUCAAUGUCCAGGUCAACAUCCCCAAGUACGACGACGAGCAGUACGAAGCCAAACUCAAGAACGAAGACUGGACCAAAGAAGAAACAGACUACCUAAUGCAAACAGCGCGGGACUUCGACCUCAGAUGGCCCCUCGUCUGGGACCGCUACGAAUACCAGCCCGUUCCUCCCCCCUCCACCGACGGCGCCGAGAGUAGCACCGCCCUCAUCCCCGAACUCAAACCCCGCACCCUCGAAGAUCUCAAAGCGCGCUACUACGACGUUGCCGCCAAGAUGAUGUCUGUCCACCGCCCCGUCCAGUUCAUGAGCCAAGUCGAAUUCAGCCUGCACCAGCUGAUGUCGUCCUUCAGCCCCGUACAAGAAGCCCUGCGCAAACGCUUCGCUGAGAACGCUAUGUCGCGCAGCUCCGAGGAGCGCCGCGAGGAAGAGAGUCUUCUUAUCGAACUCAAGCGCAUCAUGGCGCGCUCGGAGCGCCUCAAUGAGGAGCGCAAGGACUUGUACGCUCGCCUGGACGCGCCGCUCAGCAGCAGCAAUGUCGGCAUCUAUACCACCUCUGCUGGCCUGCAGCAGCUUGUUCAGCAGCUCAUGAAUGCCGAUAAAUCCAAGAAGCGGAAGUCGAUCCUUGGCCCCGAGGGAACUCCUACGGCUGGCCCGGGCGCGGCACCCGUUGAUCGCCGCGAUAGCACCGUGCGUGAGCCAGCCGCAGCCACGCCAGCGACGGCCAAGAAGGGCGGUGCGGGCCCGGCGGAGCGACGCAAGCUGAGCGAGGAGGACCAGGUUGUAUUCGGUGUAUCAACGCACGACCGCCUCCAGAGCGGACCACAGUUCCGCUACGACCGCAUCGCCAAGAUGGUCAGUAACCGCUCGGCGGUGCUGGCGAGCCGAAUCACCAAUGUCCUCACUGAACUGGAGAUCCCGCCGCGACUAGUGAUGCCAACGCUUGAGGUUGGGACGGCGUUCGAGGCGCUGCUGGGUAGUAUUAAUGUCCUCCUUGACACGCGGAAGGCGUCGGAUAAGCUAGAUGGAGAGAUUAAGCUCGCGGAGGCGCAGAAGGCGGAGAGGGAGAAGAAGAAGGGGAAGAAGAAGGAGGAGGAGGGGGGCCAGGGAGAGGGUGAGAUGGAGAAGGAGGGGGAGGUGGAGGCGGAGGGCGAGAUUAAGGCGGAGGGUGGGGGGGAGAAGGAGAGGAGUGUGUCGGUGGCCAGGGCGGGGUCGGUGCAGGCUCAGCAGGCGGCGCAUAAGAGGAGUGCGAGCGUGUUGAGCCAGGUUAGUGAUAAAAGCACUAAGAGGCAGAAGAAGUAGAUGGUUUGCUUUUGGGGGGGGUGCUGUAUAAUAGGGUUGUGCUGGGUUUAGCGAUGGUGUGCUGUGGUGUACGAGUUAUACACAUUAUGCUUCGAUACUUUGCAUGGCCUUUGGGGGGAGGUGGGGACAAGGGAGGUGCAUGCAUGAGGCUGGGAAAAUGCAGGGCUGUAUUCGACUAUUGCCUCAGCUAGCGAUAGACAUUGGAAAAGGUGACGGUGUGACCGUCAUUCGAUCUUGCCAUGUCAACAAGUGAUAGCAAUAUAUUCCAUUACCGCAGC